GGCGGCGGCCUGGGAGGAAGCGGAGGAGGCGGAGGCGGCCGUGGCGUUUGCCCGCCUGCUUUUUCGAUCGUUUUCUCCGCCCCCGCCGGUCUCGCCGCCGCUGAAGAGAGCCGGGUGCGCGCUGUCGCAACCUGCCUUCAUCCUGGCCGGCGACAGUAAGACCGGACCCACAUCCUUACCAACCUCCCUGUCUCGGCGGCUGCGGAGCGGGCUCUACAGGGCACAGGCGGGCGGCCCAGGCGCCUGAAGGUUACCGAGUGCAUGAGCGCCUAGCCUCCCGCACUGCCCCGCCCGCCCGCCGGCUCGCCCGCCAGCCCUUCGGCGCCCGGCGGCGGCGGCGGCGGCGGCGACGGCCGCAGGAGGCGCAGUCUCCCUCCCAGGUGCGCGUUUCGCUCCCGGAGCCGCGGAACUCGGCGGCCGCCAUGACGUCCAACAUGGACCGGGAGAUGAUCCUGGCGGAUUUUCAGGCAUGUACUGGCAUUGAAAACAUUGAUGAAGCUAUUACAUUGCUUGAACAAAAUAAUUGGGACUUAGUGGCAGCUAUUAAUGGUGUAAUACCCCAGGAAAACGGCAUUCUGCAAAGUGACUAUGGAGGUGAGACUAUAUCAGGACCUGCAUUUGAUCCAGCAAGUCACCCAGCUCCAGCUCCUGCUCCCUCUUCCUCGUCAGCAUUUCGACCUGUAAUGCCAUCUAGGCAAAUUGUAGAAAGGCAACCGCGGAUGCUGGACUUCAGGGUUGAGUACAGAGACAGAAAUGUUGAUGUGGUACUUGAAGACAGCUGUACUGUUGGAGAAAUUAAACAGAUCUUAGAAAAUGAACUUCAGAUACCUAUGUCUAAAAUGCUGUUAAAAGGCUGGAAGACUGGAGACGUGGAAGACAGUACGGUCUUAAAAUCACUACACUUGCCAAAAAACAACAGUCUUUAUGUCCUUACACCAGAUUUGCCGCCACCUUCAUCAUCUAGUCAUGCUGGUGCCCUGCAGGAGUCAUUAAAUCAAAACUUCAUGCUGAUCAUCACCCACCGAGAAGUCCAGCGGGAGUACAACCUGAACUUCUCAGGAAGCAGUACCAUUCAAGAGGUAAAGAGAAAUGUGUAUGACCUCACGAGUAUCCCUGUUCGCCAUCAGUUAUGGGAGGGCUGGCCAACUUCUGCCACAGAUGACUCCAUGUGUCUUGCUGAAUCAGGACUCUCUUAUCCCUGCCAUCGACUUACAGUGGGAAGAAGAUCUUCACCUGCACAGACCCGGGAGCAAUCUGAAGAGCAAAGCACCGAUGUUCAUAUGGUUAGUGAUAGUGAUGGAGAUGACUUUGAAGAUGCUUCCGAAUUUGGGGUGGAUGAUGGAGAAGUAUUCGGCAUGGCGUCAUCUGCCCUGAGAAAAUCUCCAAUGAUGCCAGAAAACGCAGAAAAUGAAGGAGAUGCCUUAUUACAAUUUACAGCAGAGUUUUCUUCAAGAUAUGGUGACUGCCAUCCUGUAUUUUUUAUUGGCUCAUUAGAAGCAGCUUUUCAAGAGGCCUUCUAUGUGAAAGCCCGAGAUAGAAAGCUUCUUGCUAUCUACCUCCACCAUGAUGAAAGUGUAUUAACCAACGUGUUCUGCUCACAAAUGCUUUGUGCUGAAUCUAUUGUCUCUUAUCUGAGUCAAAAUUUUAUAACCUGGGCUUGGGAUCUGACAAAGGAUGCCAACAGAGCAAGAUUUCUGACAAUGUGCAAUAGACACUUUGGCAGUGUUGUUGCACAAACCAUUCGGACUCAAAAAACAGAUCAGUUUCCACUUUUUCUGAUUAUUAUGGGAAAGCGAUCAUCUAAUGAAGUGUUAAAUGUGAUACAAGGUAACACAACAGUGGAUGAGUUAAUGAUGAGACUCAUGGCUGCAAUGGAGAUCUUCACAGCCCAACAACAGGAAGAUAUAAAGGAUGAGGAUGAACGAGAAGCCAGAGAAAAUGUGAAGAGAGAACAAGAUGAGGCCUAUCGCCUUUCACUUGAGGCUGACAGAGCAAAGAGGGAAGCUCAUGAGAGAGAGAUGGCAGAACAAUUUCGUUUGGAACAGAUUCGAAAAGAACAAGAAGAAGAACGUGAGGCCAUCAGGCUCUCCUUAGAGCAGGCCUUGCCUCCUGAGCCAAAGGAAGAAAAUGCUGAGCCUGUGAGCAAGCUCCGGAUCCGGACCCCAAGCGGCGAGUUCCUCGAGCGGCGUUUCCUGGCCAGCAAUAAGCUCCAGAUCGUCUUUGAUUUCGUAGCUUCCAAAGGAUUUCCAUGGGAUGAAUUCAAGUUACUGAGUACCUUUCCUAGGAGAGAUGUAACCCAGCUGGACCCAAAUAAGUCAUUAUUGGAGGUAAAGUUGUUCCCUCAAGAAACCCUUUUCCUUGAAGCAAAAGAGUAAAGAUGGCUCAGCGGUGGAACCAGCCAUUCCUUGACAAGCCAGAGGCCUGCAUCAAGAGGAGGGCUCCUCGUCAACCCAUUUACACGCUCGUCUCACUCAACUCAAUGUCACACUUCUGCCUCUUGCAAGAUUGCUGGAAAAAAGUAAUAAUAAACAUAGCUACUUAAAAUUUCCCAUCCACGAGUAUAUGUUCCCAAUCCUCAUUGUAGAGAAUUACAACUCUUCCACCCUGACCCCCUUCACCUCACCCUUGUUCAAUGACUAAUGCGCUGUUAAACUGUGAGUGAUCAUGAAGUAGGAUUUUUACCUCUCCAGUGCCCAUCUUCUCCACACAGGGUCUGGGACCGUUCUGCCUGACCUGUGACAGGAGGCUGCUGUGUAUAUGAUAUGUCUCAUUGAGCCAGGGCUUACACACCCCUGCCUUUUUCUCUUCAUGACUGGAUUUCUACUUUGUCACCCAAUUUUAAGAGGCAGGGGGAAAAAGUCAAAUGGGACUUCUUGGCAUGGAGAUUAAACAUUGUUGUAGGAAAACAAAAGGCAUAUCAUUUUUGUUGAUAACUUCCUGACUCCUUUACUAAGAUGUAAGGUUGUGUUCGAGGACUGCAUCUGACAUAUAGCAAGAUGUUUAUUUAUUGCUGCUGCCUUGGGUCCCCAGGUUCCAUCUGGGAGUUAUUUGCUGUUCCAUUGCAGUGUGAGAAACUGUUUAAGCUCACCAUGUGAAUGUUGAGAUAGUGUGAAGAGGACCAGUACCAGGACUCAGUGUCUGGCCCAGCUGCAGGAAGCUGCUGUUAGGUUUGCGCUUGGGCAGGUAGAGCCUCAUGGACACCAGCUCCCAGGGUGCUGGUCCGUCAGUGAACGCAACUUCUCUCUUGCUCUUUUCUCCCUCUACUCCAUCACAUGUUUGGACCUUGUCACUUGGUGUUUUAAGCACCUUGACUGUCGCCAAAAUCCGAUCAGCCACCCCAUGGACUCUGAGCCUGGCUAUAAUAAGGAACCUGCCCCACUGUUUCACUGUUUUAAUGUUUCAGUAGUAGAUGGUAGACUUCUAUCUCAAACAAAAGGGAUCUCAUUCUGUGGCUGAAAAUUCUGAUUUCAUAUAUUUAAGAGAGCAAACCUGGGGGCUCAGCUCAGAAGACAUGUAUUGCCUGAACUUACAUAUAAUAAUUUGGGAUGAUUUAGUAAAUGUGGAUUCUUAAUAAUCUAUGGAUUUGGGGUUGGAAAUUUAGUUCUUGCAAGAACUGUUUAUACCUUCACCACUAGUGAUUUCUUUUCAGUCUUGAAAUGUUUUUCCGUAUCUGUUUUUGUAUCACCUGUGGUCUCUAUCCUAGGGUUUGGGACCCUGAUUUGACAUUUUGUACGUGCCCAGAAGAGUCUUAAGUGCUGGGUUUAUCCCCCUGACCCAAACCAAGGGGUUCUCAGGAGACUCUAACAACAGCCUGAGAUAUGCCUGGUCAUUUUCCCUCUGCCCAGAAAUGGGCAUUGGCCAGGAAAAUUCCACCUUGUGUCUUUUCUCUGACACGCAAACCAGGGACCUCCCCUGAACACUCUCGAAAGAGAAGUGUGUUCCUAACAGACUAGUGCUACAUCUGCCUGUGUACAGGCCUUCUCUGGCCCCAGGGGUCUCUCAAGGGAGGCUGUAAGGAAAAGAGGCCCAAAGUGGGGUAGUUCAACCUGAGCACUUCCUCUCCAGCUCCAUUCCCACCUUCCUAAACUGAUGGCCCCACAAGAUGAUCAUUUCCAAUGCUACAGAUGGACUCGGGCGCCAGCUCUUCUUUCUCCAGGGAGCCCAUGUUCUGUAGCUGCUGUGGAGAAGCAACAGCCCUGAACUCAGGCCACACUCAGGACCAGCAGCAAAUGGUGUGGGUGGGGACUGGAGGGAGGCAACUCUGAGUUCACUCUCAUGUCUGACCUGUUCCAUCUAAUUUGGGUUUGACUGCAUCAUAUUGUUCCCCUCUAUCACCUUCACUUCUGUAUUCCAAUAAUAUAGACUUUACUCUGAAACCGAUUUCAUAAAAGUUAUUAAAUGUUACUUGAACCUGUAUGAAGUUUACACACCCUUUUUCAACCCUGCCUUGAAAAGUUCUUGCUCAGUCUCAUGAAAUCCUAUCGUAUUGGUCCCUCUGCUAGGAGACACCUCAGCUAGUUAUCACUGUUCACUCAUGCCAUUCUGUUCUACUGAGCUUUAGAACAGGAGGCCAGAAUAUGUUAAGUCCUUUCUUACAAACACAACGUUAAAAUGACAUAUAAAGUUAGGAUCCAAGAAAAACAUUAAGUGACUUACUGUCCCCACAGAAACAGCAGUGUCCUUUGUAAUUCUUCCUCCUACCAUUGGCUUUACUGCUUCCUUGGGCUUUAUAUCCCAGCCUUCAGACACAGAAGUGUGUCAGUCAGGACACGUGUUCUGUGUUCUUGCCCAGCUGUCUAGAGUGACAUUCCAGGGCUGCAGUCAUCCCUGCCUCAAUCCAGUUCACUCCUUUGUAUUUCUUGGAUUAUCAUUUGUAUGUUUGGAGAAAUUGUUUGAAGGCUUAAGGAAGUAUUGCCGAUUUCCUGCUGCCUCUCGGAAGGUGCAGUGUGGAGUUUGCUGGUUUACUGUGGUGUCGUGCUUGGGCACCACUAGUUUUCUGGGACACACAGGUGUUCAUUUUUGAACUGCAAGCAUCCAAGUUCUGAGUUCUUUUAUGGAGUCUUUACUUUUCAGUGUAAGAGAAGAGGAUUCAGUAUUUUAUAGAUUUUAUUGGUGACAUUAAAAACAUUAAAUAAGUCUGCAGUUGUAUUAAAAUUUCUACUCUCAAAGCUUGACAUGCUGAGUCAAAUGUGCUGGUCAGUGAGGUUGCAGAGCUCCAGCAGAUUUCCCUGAAAGCCCAGAAGUUCAUCUGGAUGUGGGAGGGGGGUCUUAACUGUCUCCAUAAGAAGCAUCUCUGAUUGACACACUUCCACCAUCCCCCUCAGCCCCUCAUCCGACCAGUCCUGAAUCCCACAGGCAGAUGGGAUGUGAAAUCUUAAAUUCAGUUCAGGAGUAAUUCACUUUACAGUCUAAGGGACCCUUCCACGUGCAUUAUCUCAUUUGAUCCUUUUUCAGAUUCUUGGAGGGAGACCUAAACACACACACACACAUUCCAGAGACUACAGUGUCUUUCAGUUUGAACCUUGGUUCUGCCACUAAAUAGCUAUGCAACCCAAGAUGAGUAAACUCUUUGAACCUCAGUGUGCUGACAACAUUUGCACAGCACUUUGCAUUUUACCACACCUUCCCCAGCCAUCACUACAGUCCACUGCAGCGAGGGAAGCAGGCCAGGCGUGAUCAUUCCAUUUUAUACAUGAGGCUCAGAGGGUAGAUGCGUGCCUGAAGUCGCAGAGAAUGGCAGUAGAAAAGUAGAACUCAAGCCCCAGGCUCUGAUUUUCAGGUCCACAGCUCUUCCAUAAAGAACCUCUAAGUUGCAUGUCCAAACAUGGAUCUUGGAAUUCCCUACAAUUGUAUACAAAAAGUUAAACGUGUACUAUUCUGGAAGGAGAAUCUGUAUUUAUCAGAUUGUUAGUGGGUUCGAUUGACACCCCCCCCCCACUUACAUUAUGCAAACAACAUCAGACCAUUUGGGAAGUUGAAUCUGUCCAUUCUUCUCAUCAAGCCUUUUAUUUUUAAUCUAAAAGCCACAAAGAGGGUAAGAUGCAACAACCAGGCUUUCCUGCCUUGAACCUGCCUCUACCUUUAGUGCUUCUCCUCUGUCUCAGUCUGCUUUGGAAGAUCGCCAUUAACAACCCCAACUGGCCAUACAGCUCCUGCAUUUUGAAAGUCUGCCCUGAAAGGAAACACCAGUUAAAGAGACCUGCUCUCCAGUCUUCAGUCAAUUAACUGUGACAUAAUGUGUGGUUAAGAGAAUAGCCUCUGAAGACAUAUUGCCUGAAUUCAAGUCACUCCCCUACUUAAUAGUGUGCCCUUGGGAAUCCCUUCACCUUCCUGUGCCUCAGCUUUUUAGCUGUGAAAUGUAUAAUAAAAGUACCUGGUUGAUAAA